AAGAUACAAAUAAUUUAUGGCGCAUGUGCAAGCAAGUUCAAUAUUUUAUAAAUUUAUAACCUAAUUUUCCCAGAUCUUGUUAGAAGCAAAUAUAGUUUUAUUGUUCUUAUACUUAAUGGAAGAAUCCAAUGACGUUAUUUUUGAUGGUGAGAAUAAUUAUGACAUAAUUAUCAUUGGUGGUGGAUUGACGGGAUUGACAGCUGGAUACUAUUUAUUGAACAAAAAUGUCAAUCUUUCUGUGUUGAUUAUCGAAAGUCAAGAUAAAGUUGGAGGCCGCUGUAAAAAUAUUAAUGGAUUCUACGGCCAUGAAUUCCAAAAAAAUUUUACAAAUUUACUUGACAAUCUGAACAUAGCAGUAAUUAAUGGACGAAAAAGUGAUUUUGAGAAAAUGAUUCUGCGAAUGAAAAAAAGAAAAUUAGUUAAUAUUCAUGAAGAUUCUUCAAUUAUUUCUUCACAAGUCUGUUAUUUUUUUAAAUCGAUUGAAAUAUGUUGUAAGAAACCAGAUUUUGAAGACUAUACAAAAGAUGAUGAUGCCAAAUAUUUAGCUAGCUUAAGCGUUAGUGAUUACAUCGACAAUUUGGUUUUUUCUUCAAGUGCUAGAUCCAUUUGUCGUAGUUACAUUUCAGCAAUUUGCGGUGUUAAUAAUCUGAAAAAAGUAUCUUGUUUAUGGCUGUUUGUUAUGUUGAAUAAUUCUGGCGGAUUUUUUCGACGGCUGAAGUAUUUAUUCAACAACAACACAAGAUUUUUUAUUGAAGGAGGCAUUGCUCAAGUGAUAAGUAGGUUAGAAGAUCAAAUUAUUGAAGGAAACGGAUUGAUUAAUUGUUCAGAGCAUGUUGUUAAAAUUAAACAAGGUGAUAUUGGUAUUCAAAUUACUACUUCAUUAAAAACAUAUAAGUGUAAUUACGUUGUUAUUGCGGUACCACCACCAGAAAGUUCAAACAUUAUAAUAGAAUCAAUGAAUUACGAUAAAAAUUUAUUGAAAUUCAUUAAGAUUCAAUCUUUGUUCGUCUCUGAACCUUCAGUAUAUUUUGAAAUAACCUACAAAUCUCCAUUCUGGGCAUCAAAUUACUCUGGAAGUGUAAUGACAAUUCUAAGUAAAAAAUUAAAUCUUAAGUUUUGCUAUGAUGCGUCCCAGGAAGAUUCAAAUUUACUAGCCGGUUUUAUAAACCACCCUGAAGCGUCAUUUUUUGGCAAAAUGAACUUAUUUCAAGCGUUGAAUCAAUCCUUUUGUACUGACGAAGCAGAUAACUACUUACACUAUUGUGAAAUGAACUGUACAACAAACAUUCUGAAACCUUGCUCAGUGGCUAAUCAUCACAAUCCCUUGACAAAUCCAACGCAAAAAAUUUAUUUCGCAGCUAGUGAGUACUCGAAAUCUUAUCCAGGCACUGCAGAGGGCGCAAUUGCAGCUGGUGAACAUGUUGCCUGUUUGUUAUUGUAUUAUGCGCGGCCACAAGCAUUAGAGGUGUCGGAAAUUUUGAAAUACAUACCGCAGAAAGAUUGUCUUCAGAAGAAGAAAUGUACUCAAUUUAAAUACAUUCAUUCAAUCUUAUUUUUUACAAACAUUGCUAUAUUGUUGACAUUAUUAUGGAAAACUUAUUCUUCGAAGAAAUAAAAUGAGUUAAAUUAU